CAGAGUUGGAGGAAAGUUUGAGGAACGCGGAUGAAGCCGAAGGUGAAAGCGAAAGAGCCGAUGAAGAGGGAAAUCAAAGACAUCAAUCUUCCCGAGUUCCUGACGUCGAUGAAGAUAUUACGAUAAGAAAAAAACGAAGCCAACAGCAUCACAGCGUAAUGAUAAACCUCCUUCACCGAGUCGAAAAAUGGAAGAUGUUGAGGUCUAUGCGAAGCUGUAUCGAGAAUCAUGUGCUAGUGCGCAGCUGCGCGGAUGACGAGGCUAGAUUGCAUGCCGCGAAUAUGUUAGGCGAACAAGGGUUUGGAGGUGAGAAAAUAGCUGGAGACGCAGUUCUCGAGCGACUGGAAUGGUUGAUGGAUGAGUGUAAUCCACCUACGGAAACAGUAGAGACUGCCACUGCUGGAACACGAACAAAUGCAGAUGAAGGUUUCGCACUUGGCAAACUCGUUGAAGAGAUAAUCGGAACGUCCGAUGUCUUCUUAGGGAAGGAGUUUAUGUUGAAUGCAGUGGCGGAGUUGUUUUGCUCCGCUGAUGGUGGUCGUGGUGGUGGCGGAUCUGGAGAAGGCGAUGAAAAUGAAAACUCAGAAGAACCACAGUCAACACAACCACCAAGGCUGAUGUAUUUUCAGGAUCCGGUCACAAAAUUGCUAGUUAUUUGCAAUGCAGAUGCUGAGUUUCCGAUUUACGAUGGUACAACUAGUUCUACUACGAGAAUCAGCGCAACCAAAGAUUGUUUGCCACAGGGAACGGCCAUUUUCACUCCAGACGGUAACGAGAUGCUCAGUUUGGGUGUGGAAGGGUGUAAUCUUUCGAGCUUCUCGAACAAGCGUGAGGGCAACCGCGGAAUGUCGCUUCACAUUCCUACAGACGUCGACAUACGCAAAUUGAUGGCCAGAUACAAGAAAUGGGAACAGGCCGGAUAUGGAGAACUAGAUCUUCACUACUUGAUGAUCAAGAACGUUGUUAGUAGUCCUCGUUGUUCUACUUCAUCUUCUGGGGAAGAUGCAAGUUGUACGACAUCAAUAGACGACCCUCAAACUGAAGGUGUGCGCCGGAGAACUAGGGUUGCGCAUGAAGGCGGUACGCACUUGAUUCGUUUCAGUGCUGUGAUCAAUGCCCAUUUGGCGCUCAAGGUUCCCGGAAGAUACUCUGACCACGACAAAAUCCGAAGAUGUCUAAAUGACACUCCUAAAGGGUGGGGGUUAGACGAUCCGGAAUGGUACGACCCACUAGAAGGAAGCGAUAUUCUGGGAACAAAUGCUGGGUUGAGACAUGCAAAACCGAUUUACCAUGACAAGGAGACCAACCUUUUCGUGUUACAGGCAAACAUGAAAGAAGUGGAAAAAUUAGCGUCGCGAAAAGAUAUAUUUAUUCAUAAAUCAUGUACACCUUCAUCUUCUAGUUCACUUUCAAGCACAGAUUCAAGCACUGUUGGGCUCUCGUGCUCGUCCGCUUCAAAGCUUAUUGAAAACAGCGACUACCAUGCCUCCAAAUCCAAGCAAGACAUCCUCCAAGACACCCCCGAACGGCCCCAGAAGCCUCGAGAUGGCCCAAGACUGCCCCCGAAUGGGCCCGCAAAAAAGAACUACAAUAAGAGACGCUGCUGUAGUAUUUUCUAAGAGGUACAGCAGGUACUUCCAAAUGAUCAAGAGGCCGAGUCAUGAUGGGAGUAGGUAAUAAAAUGAAUGUCGACAUCAACAGCCCAUAAUAUUACAGAAGGAACGAAAAAGAUCGAUUUGCUGGGGCAAGAUGUAGUACGGGCACUUGUAACUCCUUAGCUUCUUUUGAUACUUAUUCUUGACCAAGCUGGCCACUGGAGGCUAAGAAUUGCAUUCCGCGUAUGGUGGAUAUUCAGUUAGGGAACUUCCUUUAGAAGUUUUAGACAGAGAGUUGCAUUCCUAGUAUGGGUACGCGUAUGGUGGAUAUUCUUCAGUUAGGGAACUUCCUUUAGUUUUAGACUAAGCAUCAAGAGGUGCUUAUGGGUCGUACGCGUAUGGUGGAUAUUCAGUUAGGGAACUUCCUUUAGUUUUAGACAGUAAGCAAGAGGUGCUGACUAAGCAUCAAGAGGUCGUGUUUUGCUUCUCCUAUUAUAACGGACUAAAGGAAAUAAGUGUGAGAACGUUCUACAGAAAAAGAACGUUCUAAAGAAAAGAACGUACGUACAACUAUU